AUGCAGUUUCUGAUCGUGUUUCUUUUGAAGAAGAGUCUUCAAUGCCGACCUUUACUUCUCAGUCAAGCCAUUUUGAAUCCAUCAAAAUAUCCUAAAUCUCUUCAGAUUAUGGUGGAAUGUAUGAAAUGUUCUUUUCUAAAUAAAUCUUUGUCAAUAGCUAUGAGAAUCGUCACUCUAGCAUUCACUACAACAAUUGUCAACAAAAUGAAUGAUAGGGUUUAUUUGAACUUCAAGAUUCGUGAAGAAGUGUUGAGUUUGAGUAAAAGUCCAAGUAAGAUUUUGGAUCAAUAUAGGGCUUCUCUUAUUAUUCUUUAUCCUGUUGGACCAACGCCUCAAGAAGAAGAUGUUCAGAUUACAAGAAUGACUGCGAAGAAAAGAAAAACUCCAUUUGUUAAGCCUGAAAUGGGGGAACCUGAAGUUAUGAAAAAGUCAAAGUGA